GUUUACUUUUUCAGGUGGGUUGCUCUGGACAGCUGCGAUUGGACAGUGCGGAGCGUUAUAGGGUGGAGCAUUUUGAAGUGCAGCGACGUAGUUGAAGAUUUGGGGGCGGAGAAAAAGAGAAGCUAACGACAACGGCAAAGGGAGUCAUUCAAGGGUUAUAUUCCGUCGUGGGGGGGAGAGGGGGAGGACACGCUCACUGCCAACCCGGCGACGAGGUCGGGCCUGUGGUGCUUGCUACCCCAUGAAACCAUGGAACUCGAGAAUAUCGUGGCCAACACUGUCCUCAUCAAGGCGAGGGAAGGAGGAGGUGGGAAUAGGAAGGGGAAGAGUAAGAAAUGGAAACAAAUGCUCCAGUUCCCCCACAUCAGCCUGUGUGAGGAGCUUCGGCAGACUACAGAAAAAGACUACCACAGCCUGUGUGAGAAGCAGCCCAUUGGCCGCCUGCUCUUCCGGCAGUUCUGCGACACUCGGCCAGAGCUGAGGAGAUGUAUCAAGUUCCUGGACGCCGUGGCGGACUAUGAGGUGACCCCUGACGAGAAGAGAAAGGAGUGUGGACAGGAGAUUCUGGAAAAGUACCUCAACCCCACGUCUGAAGACCAUGUCUCUGAGGUGGUGGAGGAUCUGGUGCAGACAUGUGCAGAUCGGCUGGAACAGGAGGCCUGCAAAGAGCUCUACAAAGAGAGCACAAAACUCAUCCACGACUACCUUAGUGUGGCACCUUUCGCAGACUACCUCGACAGCAUGUUCUUCAACCGGUUCUUACAGUGGAAAUGGCUAGAAAAACAGCAAUCUCAAAACACAUUCCGUCAGUAUUCUGGGGUUUUGGAAGGAGAUUGGGGGCAGGUGUGUGCGUGUCAGGUGCGAGCCACAGGUAAGAUGUACGCCUGUAAGAAGCUAGAGAAGAAGAGGAUAAAGAAGAGGAAAGGAGAGUCCAUGGCCCUCAACGAGAAGCAGAUUCUAGAGAAGGUCAACAGCAGGUUUGUGGUGAGCCUGGCGUACGCGUAUGAGACGAAGGACGCGCUGUGUCUGGUGCUGACCCUGAUGAACGGCGGUGACCUCAAGUUCCACAUCUACCGUGACGGCUUCCAGGAGAGUCGCGCCGUCUUCUACGCUGCGGAGCUCUGCUGCGGACUAGCCGACCUGCACCGCGAGAGGAUCGUCUACAGGGACCUCAAACCUGAGAAUAUUCUGUUGGAUGACCAUGGGCAUAUCCGGAUAUCAGACCUGGGUCUGGCUGUACAUAUCCCAGAGGGCCAGACCAUUAAAGGCAGAGUGGGAACGGUGGGCUACAUGGCCCCCGAGGUGGUGAAGAACGAGCGCUACACGCUGAGCCCUGACUGGUGGGCUCUGGGCUGCCUGCUGUACGAGAUGAUCGAGGGCCAGUCGCCCUUCCAGCAGCGCAAGAAGAAGAUCAAGCGCGAGGAGGUGGAGCGCCUGGUCAGGGAGGUGGAGGAGGAGUACUCCAGCAAGUUCUCCGACGACGCCAAGGACCUCUGCAGACUGUUGCUAGCCAAAGACCCCAACGAGAGGCUUGGCUGUUUAGGAGGCGGAGCCUCAGAGGUGAAAAGUCAUAUGAUCUUCCGCUCCAUCAACUUCAAGCGGCUGGAGGCGGGCAUGCAGGAGGCCCCAUUCAUCCCUGACCCUCAGGCCAUCUACUGUAAGGACGUGUUGGACAUCGAGCAGUUCUCCACGGUGAAAGGUGUCGAGCUGGAGCCCAAAGACGAGUCCUUCUACAGCAAAGUGUCCACGGGCAGUGUGUCCAUCCCCUGGCAGAAUGAGAUGAUCGAGUCGGAGUGCUUUCAAGAGCUCAACGUCCUCAACCCAGACGGAAGCAUCCCCCCUGACCUGGACUGGAGAGGACAGCCCUCACCCCCACCCAAACAGGGCCUGCUACAGAGGCUCUUCGGGAGACAGGAGUGCUGUGGGAACUGCAGCGACAGUGAUGAGGAACCCACCAGGCUGUGAGAGUGAGGUGCCCACCGAGAUGCCCAUUCCUGCUCCCUCGCCGAGAUGCCCACCCCAAGAUGCCCACCCUUGCCCCUUCUGUGCCCCCUCGCCGAGAUGCCCACCCCUGCCCCUCCGCACCCCCUGGCCAACCCUCCCAAAGCUGCCCCCCCGAAAUCCUGCCUACUGCCCCCAACCCUCCCCACCCCGGAGUGGCCCAACACAGAGGAUUCCAUUUGUUUACAAUAUUUGCACAUUUGUAUUUUUAAAAAGCAAGACAAAAAAACCACACCUCUAUAUAAAUAUUGGAAUGUAUAUUUUCACUAUAGCCAAGCUGUCCAUGUGCUUGCCAUCCAAGGCAUAGCAAAAGGUGAAGAGGUCUACCAGGUGGGACAGGUGUGCUAUGCGCCGUCCUCACCUACAGUACCCCCG